AUACACAUAUUAGCAAUGGAAAAAUAUCUGGUAGUGUAUGAUAGAAAGUUUGGUAUUGAAGCCAAAGAUUUUAUUGAAAAAAAAUCCACAUCCAUGAUGCAGUCUGUUUUCAGUGAUCAUUCCUACCAUGAGAUGCAACCUGAAGAACCCGAGCUAAAAUGUUGCAGCUGUUCCUCAUAUCAUUGCAUUCAUGUGACAACCCUUGCAAAAGCCAUGCAAAUCGUUGAAGAGGAUGAAAUGGAUUCUCCAUUGGCACUUUUUAACUUUUCCUUUGGAAUUACACCAGAGAUGCGAGACUAUUUUGAAUUGGCUACACUUAGCAAAGAAAAGGUUUCUUUAUUUGAAACAGGGAAUGAGAAUGAUGCAAGCGAUUUUACUGAUCUUCCUGAAAAAAAUGGUCAUAAAAUUUUGGCUCCAUCUGAAAGUGGUAUUUGUUCUUGUGGUGCAGAGUGGGAUAAAUGUUCUAUUCAAGAUGAAUGGUUGUACGUAGACUUGUGUUCAGUUGCGUACUUUUAUUCAAUCCAUGAUGUGAAGGUGUAUUGUAGACCUUGCUCCUCUUGUGCUACGAAAAAGCAUUAUGAUGGCAUUGAAAACAGGAUUGUAUGGUUUGGAUCAUAUGCAAUAUCUCAUGCUGUUCUAAAAGAUUACAUUCGGCUUUUCAUAACGUCGAGUUUACCUAUGUACAAAUAUUAUGUUGCGUAUGUACAAAGGCAAGUGUCUUCGGGUAAUUUUAAUUUCCCAAAGGAAAUAACUUACGCCAAGUUUCGUCUCGCUAUCAUUGCCACGAUACGGUUGCUUGAUAUUGAUUUUGACAAUGUGUUAUUUUGUGAAUUAUGUGGAAGAAUUCCCCAAAGGUUUGAAAUGCGCAAUUUCAUCAACAGGAGAAAUGUGCGAGCUUUAUUGAAGAAGUACAGUGAUUCAAAGCUAAGUUGGGACGAAUUUCAAGAAUUAAAAUCUGAAAUAUCUUCAAAGGGGCUUAGGACUCUACUUGAAUGGUUAGAGAAACAAGGAUUUAUCACUAGUUGUCCAAACUCGUGCAGUAGGUUAUUGGCAUCAUUGGCUUCUGACAAACCAGUAUGCGCAAUUGUGCCCCCCAAAGAAGAAGUUUUGAACCUCUUGAUAAGGAUGUCUGAUGGAGCCAAUCCAAAAGACAAUCCUUCGACUGAUUUAAAACUUCUUCAUGAAGAAGUGCCCCUACUGUUUAACGUCAUUGAGACUAGCGAAGAAAUUCCUAUUACUAUUCAACCGCUGCUAAAGGAAUUGGUACAAAAGGCGAUAAGUCCGUUCGAGGUCAAGGACGGUCAGUGGCGUUUGCCACACAACUUACCUGCGGUGUCUCAAAAUUCUUCCCAUGGAUAUCUACCUUGUCUGCCAGAACUGGUUCAACGAGGGAAUUAUGUUCUUGACAAUAGGAAGACACAGCAGGAAGAUUGUGCCAAAGUCACUAGACCCAAGAAAAAGCAUGGCACUUUGAUCCCUGGAAUAUUUUGUAUUCUUUGUCCCCACGGUAUUUACAUGAUGAACGGCUCCAACGAAAAUUUGUUUUACUAUUGCAGUAAGUGA